AGGCGGGCUCGGCUGGCGGACGUGCAGGGAGCGGGGGCCGCGGGCGCGCUGCAGAGAUGUGACUUGGGCCCAGGGCCAGCAGGAGCGUCGGCGCUGCGGGGCCGCGAGGGUCGACCGUUCCUGGUGUCAGAGAGAAAGAUGAGAACCCAUCAGGUGUUCCCCUUGCCCCUGCUCCUGGUGAUUGCGUCUGUGGCUUCAGAGAACGCUAGCACAUCCCGGGGCUGUGGGCUGGACCUUCUUCCUCAGUACGUGUCCCUGUGCGACCUGGACGCCAUCUGGGGCAUCGUGGUGGAGGCAGUGGCCGGGGCGGGAGCCCUGAUCACACUGCUCCUGAUGCUUAUCCUCCUGGUGAGACUGCCCUUCAUCAAGGACAAGGAGAAGAGGAGGCCCGUGUGCCUCCACUUCCUCUUCCUGCUGGGGACCCUGGGCCUCUUUGGGCUGACGUUCGCCUUCAUCAUUCAGAUGGACGAGACCAUCUGCUCCAUCCGACGCUUCCUCUGGGGUGUCCUCUUCGCGCUCUGCUUCUCCUGCCUGCUGAGCCAGGCGUGGCGGGUACGGAGGCUGGUGCGCCAGGGCACAAGCCCGGCCGGCUGGCAGCUGGUGAGCCUGGCACUGUGCCUGAUGAUGGUGCAGGUCAUCAUUGCCACUGAGUGGCUGGUGCUGACUGUGCUGCGUGACACGAAGCCAGCCUGCGCCUAUGAGCCCAUGGACUUUGUGAUGGCGCUCAUCUACGACAUGGUACUGCUGGCCAUCACCCUGGCGCAGUCCCUCUUCACGCUCUGUGGCAAGUUCAGGCGGUGGAAGGCGAAUGGAGCCUUCAUCCUCAUCACUACCUUCCUCUCUGUGCUCAUCUGGGUGGUCUGGAUGACUAUGUACCUCUUCGGCAACACCAUCAUUAAGAAGGGAGAUUCCUGGAACGACCCCACCUUGGCCAUUACACUGGUGGCCAGCGGCUGGGUCUUUGUCAUCUUCCAUGCCAUCCCGGAGAUCCACUACACCCUUCUCCCACCCCUGCAGGAGAACCCACCCAAUUACUUUGACACUUCACAGCCCAGGAUGCGGGAGACGGCAUUUGAGGAGGACAUGGCCCUGCCGAGGGCCUACAUGGAGAACAAGGCCUUCUCGAUGGAUGAACAUAAUGCAGCUCUUCGAUCAGCAGUGGGGUUUUCCAAUGGAAGCUUGGGGAAAAGAUCCAGCGGCAGCCUGGGAAAGAAGCCCAGCGGCUUGGGGAGCCGACCCAGCGCACCAUUCAGAAGCAAUGUGUAUCAGCCGACCGAAAUGGCCGUCGUGCUCAAUGGCGGGACUAUCCCAACUGCUCCGCCACCUCACACGGGAAGACACCACUGGUGAAAGACCUUAAGUUCCAGAGAAUAAGAAUCUCUCUUACCGAUUUUAUUCCCUGGCUGUGUCUUUCUUGAGGGCGAAAUCAAUAACCAUGGCAGAGACAGGCCACCUGGAAGCCAGGAAAUCCCACCAAGGGGAUUUCGUGUAAAUGUGACAUAUGGAUGAACGGGAAAGCUAACAGUGACUGCCCUUCUGGUAUCCUGCCAUACACACACACACACACACACACACACACACACACACACACACA